GUAUCAGCUCGCCGUUUCUCCCGCAGUGGCCAUAUUUGUUGAUGUGUCAUAUCAAAGUGACUUGUUGGGGCUCUCAGCUGGUGAGGCAGAAACCUCAAAGUUCCUACUUAUCCCGACUGUCUCCGCGUUGAACUACACCAUGGGGUUCGCACAUUCGAUUUGAACCAGAGAGGGACCACGCAACAGCCUGGUCCUGAUUUACAUACACACAUGAUGGAAGGAUCAGAGGUCGAAUCUGCGUCGGAGCCAGUGAAUCAGCUUCACAACAGCACGUCCAACGUAGACAAGGAGGAACAGAUCUCACACAACGGUGCAGAUGAGGCAGACAAGUGCAAUCAGGCAAAAGGUGACGCACAGCUUGACAGUGAAUUAAUCGAGACUGCCGCAGAUGUUCAGAUGGACACAGAGUCAAAGUCAGAAGCUCUAUCGUGCAGUCAGGCACAUGAAGAGCGAAGUGAGCUGGAUGCUGAUACCGGCUGUGGUAGCAGUGAAGUCUUUAGUGAGGCUGGUGGAGCUUUGGUAGACCCAGUCACCACUUUAGAUGAUGUGGUAGAAAGCUCUCCUUCUGUUCUUGAAGGGACAAUAGAAACCUUAUUGACUUUUGAUGAAGCGAACUAUUCUCAUGCCACCACUCCAAACAGCAAUGAGCAGCCACCAAUCUUGGUUAAAAAUGGUUCCACAGAGCCAUCGCUUGCUGGAGAUAGUGGUUCAGCCGAGAGUCCAUCAUCCGUCCAAAGCGCCUCUAAAAACUCCCCUACCGACUCGACAACCACCUCUGGGAUCUCUAAUGGCCCGUCGACCCCAAGUUCUGACACCGUCAGCUCCUCACCGGCUUCCAGCCCGCAAACCAGCACCGACAUGUCAGCCCCCUCUCAUUCCUUGUCGAGUCCGUAUGACACUGAUUGCAGUCGAAAGCUCAUUUCCCAGAUCCAGCGCUCGCUGUCACAGGAGUCACUGCUGGAUGAGCUGGAGUCAGAGCUUCUGGCCUGUCAGCUGCCUGAGGGUGAAAGCGGCGGUGAGAGGAAAGGGAGCCCAACUGUCAAUGGGGUCCCUACAGACAAAGAGGGCUGCAUGAUGGUCUUUGAGAAGUGUGUGCAAUACAAGUACGCACAGCAGGAGAAAGCUAUUCAGAGGUUGCUCGAAGAGAACAAGAGGCAUCAGGAGCUAAUUCUGGGCAUUUGUUCAGAGAAGGAUAACAUGAGGGACGAGCUGAAAAAGAAAGCAGAGAUGGAGAAGCUGCACAUGGCCACCAUCAGAAAGUUGGAGGGCAGGGUGGAGGAGCUGCUGAAAGAACUGAAGGAGUCACGGGAUAAACUGAUUCACCACGACCAGGGAGCUAAGGCCGCCCUGCAGCAGAUGCAAAAGGAAACAGCCUUCCGUCUGGAACAGGUGAACAAGAAGUGUGAUGAGGCGCGCCAAGAGAAGGAGGCCAUGGUGAUGAAGUACGUGCGUGGAGAGAAAGAGGCCCUCGACCUGAGGCGGGAUAAGGAGAGUUUGGAGAAGAGGCUGAGGGAAGCCACCAAGGAGGUCGACCGCCAAGCCCUCCGUGGAAACCAGCUGGCUCAGGAGAAAGGCCGGCUGCAGCAGCUGCAUGAUGCUAAGGAAGGUGAGGUCAGCAGGUUGACUCGGGAGGUGGAAAAGUUGAAGGAGGAGAUCAACUCGCACCUUAUCAAGGUUAAAUGGGCCCAGAACAAACUCAAGAGUGAGGCAGAUGCACACAAGGAAACUAAAGACAAACUGAGGGAGACCACGUCCAAGUUGGUCCAGGCCAAAGAAGAGACUGAACAGAUCCGCAAGAACUGCCAGGACAUGAUCCGAACAUACCAGGAAUCAGAGGAACUCAAGUCCAAUGCGCUGGAUGCUAAACUGAGGGAGACCAAAGGAGAGCUGGAGAAACACAAGCAGGAACAAACAGACCAAUUAGAGGUGCACCGAGUGAAAGCCAAGGAGCUGGAAGACCUGAAAAGGAGUUACAAGGAAGCCAUGGAUGAGCUCAUUACUCUACGCACCAAGUUAAAGUGUCUGGAGGACGAGCGACCACGCUGGGAGGACGAGCUGAGCAAGUACAGGGAGAUCAUCAACCGGCAGAAAGCUGAGAUCGGGCGCCAGAGAGAGAAAAUGGAAGAGAUCACUGCGCUCCAGGAGCAGCAGGAACGUGAUAAACAGGAGAUUACGUCUCUUCGAGAGGAAGUGGAUGGUCUGACUGGCCAGAUGGCUGACCUCCAGCGUGAUGUACAAGGCAGCAGGGAGCGCGAAGCUGAGCUGCUGGGUUUCACUGAGAAGCUGAGCAGCAAGAAUGCCCAGCUCCAGUAUGAGAGCAACGCAUUACAGUCUCAGCUGGAUCAGAUCUCCAGCAGCUUCACAGAGCUCCAAGGGACCCUGGAGGAAACCAGCGGGCAGCUAGAUGAAAAGUCUCGGCAGCUGAAACAGGAAGAGAUGCUGAGGCAGCAGGAGGUGCAGGGCCUGCAGGAGGAGCGGGCAGCACUGCAGACAGAAGUGGCUCAACUGAAAACCAGAGUUGAAGAGCUGAGGGACGAGCUGGUGACUCAGAAAAGGAAACAAGCUGCCAACAUCAAGGACCUGACAAAACAACUCACGCAAGCCCGUAAGAAACUGGAGCAGGUUGAGAACGGAGGAUGUGACCGGGAUGCCAGCAGUAUGGGCAGUCGCUCAAGUUCCUCAGGUACUACUGCUGGAUUUGGCUCCUUGAAUGCACGCCAUGGUGGUAGCAGUGGUGUUGAAGAGCGGUCACCAGAGAGCCAGUCGGGUCCGUCGGUGGUGGUCGUGGACAGCUUCCCAGAGGUCGACAAAACUGUGCUCGUUGAUCGAAUUGUCCGCCUGCAAAAGGCGCUGGCUCGCAAGCAAGAAAAAAUCGAGUUCAUGGAGGAUCACAUCAAGCAACUGGUGGAGGAGAUCCGGAAAAAGACCAAAAUUAUCCAGAGCUAUGUGCUAAGAGAGGAAACAGGGGCCCUCUCUUCAGAGGCUUCAGACAUUAACAAGGCCCACCUGAGCCGGCGGGGAGGCAUCAUGGCUUCGCUCUACACUUCUCAUCCGGCGGACAGCGGGCUGACCCUGGACCUGUCGCUGGAGAUUAACAGGAAGCUGCAGGCUGUGUUGGAGGACACGCUGCUGAAGAACAUUACCCUGAAGGAGAAUCUGCAGACGCUGGGGGCCGAGAUCGAGAGGCUCAUAAAACAGCAGCGAGGUCCCAACGACGGAGUCAGGGCGAAGUGACGCGAGAAAUGAAGGACUGAGAAAAGAACUCGAGGAAUCUCCGGCCCAAUGUUCUUUUGAAGGAAACAGCAAAACCCCCUCAUUCUUGUGAGAUAUACAUAAAGGAUUAAACUGAAAGUUGUUAAGUGCCAGUAGCACCUCGGGCUGCUUUAUGGAGGACCUCUUGAACUUUUCGCCGCAUUUUGUCUGAACUUACUUGAACCGACAUCAUUCCAUCCACAUAGCAACACCUCUGUCUCCUCCUCAGACGCAACAAAUCCUCCUCCAGCUGAUGUCCUUCUCCCCCCGAGCCUUGUCAAAAUGGGAAAAAAAAAACUCUUCGGGCAGGUUGCAUCAAGCCUGGAAAACUCUGACUGCCUUGUAUACCGAUAAACUGAAGAUGCCAUAAUUGUGAAUGUAUAGCAAAUUCUACCUGUCAAGAAAAGACUGAUAUGCCAAUUAGCUCAUUCUAUAAAAAAAUGGACUGUUGUGAUUUGACUCGCAGCUCUUUUCCGCCGUACAGCAACUGAGAUGAGAUGAUUAAUGCCCAGCAUGCACUCUCUCUCUCUCUCUCUCUGUCUACUUGUCCCCUCCCGUCUGCCAAUAAGCCAAAUGUAUUUCGGAACGGCUGCUCCUCCAGCACCACUACACGGCAGGAAAAGUGAAAAUCAGCCCCGGCUCGCAGGGACGUCACACGCCACCUGCGCAUCAUACUUUUGCUCUGCACAACUUUGCAGUGUUUCUCGUGCAGAAAACGGCACCGUGUUGAGCUGUGUCAAAGUGAAGAAAAUCUACGACAAAUGUAAUAUCAUGAGAAGGUCGAAAUGUAGAGCUGGUCUUUAGCCAUUUUUGAUUGUGAUUGUUAAUUUAUUCUAUUUUUUUUUGUUGGCUUAAGAUUAAAAUGUUAUUUUAGUAUCUCUUAUUUUUUAUUUAGUAUCAUUAUCACAAAACUUUUGUUAAAAUAUUGGGUCUUCACUCUUAAUUUAAGAUAAUGAGCACCUUCAACAUUUUUGCCUUUCCUUCACUGUAAUGUGCUUCUGCUGCAACAACUACUUCUUUUAAAGGGAUAUUUCGGGCUUUUAGAUAUGGUGUCAGAGUUACGCAUCCAUAGUCAGUAUUUCCUAUAACAGAUGCCGUUUUUUUUGAGAAACAGUGCAUCACAUUGUUUGAUAAAGAUGCAAUCUAGGCUACUGUUUGCACAUCAGGGUUGUCCAGCACAACUCUUGAAAAACAUGCAUAAAAUGUCUUGAGAAACACAUUUUUUAGCUCCUGCAAACUGCGAAUCCAUCUCUGUCUCUUUGUUUGAAAAGAGAAGAAGUAACGUAACGCUCCUUUUAAGUAAGUAGGUAGUUAAUAUGUUGCACCUAAGUUGGUCAUUCAAUGAUUCAUACAGCCCCACUUUAAAAAAUCCGUACUAUCCCUUCAAUGAGACAUGAGAGUCUAAAGAUGUUCAUGUUUCAGUGCUUCAUUAGCGCCUCUCAGUUCAAACAGCAGACACGCUCACAGCUUGUGGCGACGUUCUCCGCUCUGUGCGCAGUACGAACUGGGAAGAUCAAAAAUGUCGAGGCGUUCCUAUCACACCCUUCUUUUUGUAUUUUUGUUGUCUCUGUAGUGUCACUGAGUCCGUAGCAGCAAAUCAUGUGUAGGAGAAUAAUAAGAAGAAGAAGGAGGAGGACGAGGAGAUCUGUAGCUGUAGCUCAGGAAGGCCAAUGGAAACCUACAGAGAUACAUCCAGGGACGAAGUGCAAUCUGUUCCUUGCAUUGAUUUACUUUUUUUCUUCUUCCGUGCGCCAGAAACACUGUCUGGUUUUACGCUUGUGUACGUGCUACAUGCUCAAGUGUCCAAAUCGUGUGUGUGUGUGUGUGUGUGUGUGUGUGUGUGUGUGUGUGUGUGUGCGGGCGCGUGCAUGGCUGCGUGUGUGCCUUUUUGUUUUUUGUGUUUUUUUCCCCUGCCCUCUCGAGCUCUUGUGUUAUACAUGCUUCAAGCUGUCGGGGGGCUUACAGGCU